AUGGCUGUGGUCAACACUUUCAUCCCAGGGCUCAGCCCUCAGAAUCCGCACUAUAUUCCAGGGUACACCGGACACUGCCCACUACUUCGGUUCAGCAUGGGCCAGACCUAUGGGCAGGUGACUGGUCAGCUACUCCGAGGCCCUCCUGGUCUAGCCUGGCCUCCUGCUCACCGAACACUUCUGCCUCCCAUCCGGUCUCCAAGAUCUCCUGUGAUCUCCAGGAGGAGGCCGCCUCCCAGGCGUGGGCACGAAAGGCUCAGCUCCAGCGUAGUCCCUGGGUAUACAGGUUUUAUACCACAGGCACGGUUCAUUUUUGCCAAGAAUUGCAACCAGGUUUGGGCUGAAGCUAUGAGUGAUUUUACACAAAGGCGCGGGGCACAGGAGAGUCCUGAACUCGAGGAGGCCAAGGGAGAGGAGGAGGUGGAGAGGGACCAAGGGCCGGAGGCAGAGGAGCCACAGCUGAAGCACGAGUUGGCACAGGCCUCCCCCUACUCCAUGGAUGAUACAGACCCGCAGAAGUUCUUCAUGUCAGGCUUCACCGGCUACGUGCCCCGUGCCCGCUUCCUCUUUGGCUCCAGCUUCCCUGUGCUCACCAACCAGGCGCUGCAGGAAUUUGGACAGAUGUGCUCCGGGGGCAGGGUGCAGAAGGACCCCAAACCUCUUUCCCCACUCCCUAGGCCCAACUUUCAGACUCUGGGUCUUCUACCUCACUAUGGAGGUUACGUGCCAGGGUAUAAGUUCCAGUUUGGUGGUACAUUUGGGCAUCUUACCCAUGAUGCCCUGGGCCUCAGCAUUACUCAGAAACAGCUCCUGGCCUAAGUACCUGGAUUCCAAAUUCUCUUCUCAUCCUAACUCACUGAUCCUUUUGGAAGGAAGAGAGGUGGGUGGGGGAGGGGCACCAAGAAAAUGGCUUGGAGGCUGAGCACCUUUUUAUUAUUAGGUGUAAUAAAUAAAUAAUAAAUAAAUAAAUACAUAA